AGGGCACUAUCGCUGAUAAAUUGCAUAUAUGGCAAGGGUAAGUGUAGCAUGUGUCCGUUCAACAUAUGUUGGUUUUUACUUCAUCUGUUGACCCGCAAUGUGGUUUUUUAUUACUUCUCCAUGCUGUAUGGGUGUUAUCUGUUCAAGGCCUGAGGAUAUUCAGAAAUUAAUGAAGGAUGAACAAAAGAUGGAUGGCGUAUGCCUAAAUUUAGCUGUUAGCAAUCUGCAGAGAGAGGACGCUCACGAUUUUAGGAAUACCAGGUGUUUGGGUUGGAGGCACUGUGUUGAUUCAGACUGGGCGAAAAGUUCACUCGGUGGAUGUUCCGAUCUCAAGUUUCUCCAAAUGCUUUUUUAUUCUGGAUCAGUUCUAUAUAAUGCUUCACAAUCACAUAUGGUAUUCAUCCCAGUCGUCAUUUGUGGUGACCAUUGGACUCUGUACGCUUUCAACAUGUGUGAUCGAAAGCUCAGUAUUCUGGACUCUCUACGAGAUACUAAUGAAGGUGGUGAUGAUCCCGCGGAGCGCCACCAGAAAACUAGAUGCAUUAUCUGUGAUGCACUUACCGUAACCAUGAACCUUGCAAUUGACUUCCGUAGCUGGGAAUACGAUUUCCCCAAAUUACCUAGACAACAGAACAGCUAUGAUAGUGGAUUUUUCGUAUUCAAUUUCAUGCGCUUGUGGGACGGUCGUCAACUUGUUCGAUGGUUUCCAUUUGAAUCAAAGGAGAUGCGGAAGGAUUUUCUGGCAUACAUACUCUUGUGCAAGGACAACAAUGUACAUCUGCCUAAGGAAGUUUCUUCGAAGAUUAAGGAUCUUCCUGGGAAGAUGAUGGAUUUCAAAUUGCAAAAGGUUGCCGCGGAAGGUGCUACACUUGUUAGUACGGAAGAUCAGUUGGCAAUUAACAUAUGCCCAGAGCUAGAGCCAUCUUCUGAAAGCUUCAAUGAGUAUAUUUGUCAUUUUAACUCGCAUUGGAAUCCAAGUAGAGAAGCGUCUGUGGCACCUAGUGCACCUGAUCCUCCAUUAACAUCCUCUGAUUUUCUCAGUAGAUGCUAUCGAGUCACCCCCGAUGGGGACGGGGUGCUCCAUAUUGCUGUAAGGUUUGGAAAUGUGGAACUAGUGGAUGACAUCCGGAACAACCAUGAAGACCUCGCAAGUGUGCUCUUAUCCGCAGUGAACAACAGAGGAGAUACACCACUGCAUUAUGCGGCAUUCAGAGGGUAUGAUGCUAUGGUCAAAAUUUUGCUCAGUAUGAUGAGCGACACGGGUAUUGCCAAGUUUCUAAGGGCCCAAAAUCUCAAAGGAGACACAUGCUUACACGAGGCAGUGCGCUACUCAAAUCUAGAUAUUGUGGAGAUGCUUAUUUCAAAGGACUUGAGCAGACCCACGCUGGUGCAGAUAGUGAACAAUGAGGGUAUAUCUCCACUUUACUUGGCUACCACUUUACGUAGGGUUGAUAUCGUUCGGGCCCUCACACAAAGGCCAUACGAGCAAGAUGAUAAGUAUGUGGCGUCCUCCUCAGGUCCUGCAGGGAAAACAGCAUUGCAUGCUGCCGUGGUUCUCCUAGACAAAGGUGUUGCUUCCGGCGGCAGCGGUGUCUAG